AUGCUUAAGAAGAAGUUCAAGAGAGAAGAGAAGGCUCCUUAUCAUUUAGACGCUAGUCGGGAUUACAUUGUUGACAUGAUGCCUAAGUUGAUGGAAGUUGAUGGAAGCUAUGUUUUCGUCAAAGAAAAGGAAUGGAUUCUCGUUGAAGGUGUUGCUAAGUCUCUCUCCCUUUCUCACUGA